ACGUUGCUAAAUUACGUAUUAAUAUUCUAUUUUUCCUUUAUUACAUGUGGUAACACCAUAUAGUUUUCAAAUUUGAUAAUUUAGUAAAAAAGAAAUAGUGUCUAAUACAUUUUGUGCUCAUACGCAACUUUCAGGUUGAAGUUAUAAUUCCAAGUGUGUAGCAGGCAAAUCUGAAUAUAUUGACGGAAAAGUCGGAGUUGCGUUACUUUAUUAUUUUUGGUGUCUCUUUAAAGUUGUAAAAGGAAGUGGCACGUUUUAUAUCGUUUUGCGAAAUAUUGUUAUCGACAAAUUUUCGUCAUAUUGUAACUUGUGCAAGUAUUUAAUUUUGUACGGAUGUGAUUACGUUGCUGAAAGGCGUCAAAUCAGUGGUUUUGUGUUGUGGAAAUCCCAAAGCUCUGCUUAUUGUAAUAACAAAUCAAAAGCAAAGGCUGUAUUUGGGAAAUUAUACUAUCAAUAUUCAGCGAAUGGCGAACGAUCGCUAUUAAUUACGUCUGUGAGAGACCGCUUGCAAAGAUCUUUCGUGCCAGCGCUUAUCGGAGGAGGGUAAAGCGAGCGAUCGCAAUCGAAUUUUUCUGCACUUUGUUAUAUACUAUGAUUAGGGGCUUAGGACGAAAAUCUCCUUGUUUUUGGAAACACUUAACUUCUGAUUAUUUCGUAGGUAUUAUUAAAGAAAAACAUUAUAAAUCACGCAUCGGCUAUAAUCAAAUCACAAAAAUUCGAAAAAGACUUCUCUGUACUUCAAAAAUGACCCUACCAAGCGCUGCCCGAGUCUAUACAGAUGUGAACGCACACAAGCCAGACGAGUAUUGGGAUUAUGAGAAUUAUGUAGUAGAUUGGGCUAACCAAGAUGACUAUCAGCUCGUUCGAAAGUUGGGUCGCGGCAAAUAUUCAGAAGUAUUUGAAGCUAUAAAUAUUACAUCUACGGAAAAGUGUGUGGUUAAAAUCCUGAAACCAGUGAAGAAGAAGAAAAUUAAGCGUGAAAUAAAAAUUUUGGAAAAUUUGCGUGGUGGCACUAACAUUAUAACGUUACUGGCGGUUGUGAAAGACCCAGUUUCACGUACACCGGCUUUGAUUUUCGAACACGUAAACAACACUGAUUUUAAGCAAUUAUAUCAAACGCUAACGGAUUAUGAGAUUCGCUAUUAUUUGUUUGAACUGUUAAAGGCUCUAGACUAUUGCCAUAGUAUGGGUAUUAUGCAUCGCGAUGUAAAACCUCAUAACGUUAUGAUUGACCACGAAAAUCGCAAAUUGCGAUUGAUCGAUUGGGGUUUAGCAGAAUUUUAUCACCCAGGUCAAGAGUACAACGUACGCGUAGCCUCGCGCUAUUUUAAAGGCCCGGAGUUGCUUGUUGACUACCAAAUGUAUGAUUAUUCGUUAGAUAUGUGGUCUUUGGGCUGUAUGUUAGCCUCUAUGAUUUUUCGUAAAGAGCCAUUUUUUCACGGACACGAUAACUAUGACCAACUAGUGCGUAUCGCCAAGGUGCUGGGCACUGAAGAACUAUAUGCCUAUCUAGAUAAAUACAAUAUUGAGUUGGACCCUCGGUUCCACGAUAUUUUACAGCGACACUCACGUAAGAGGUGGGAAAGAUUUGUUCACUCGGAUAAUCAACAUCUUGUUUCACCAGAGGCCCUUGAUUUUCUUGACAAGCUCUUGCGUUAUGAUCACGUUGAACGUUUGACUGCACGUGAGGCAAUGGGGCAUCCAUACUUUUUACCAAUUGUUAACGGUCAAAUCAAAGCUAGCAAUCAACAAUAGAAUUAAGUACCAUAACAGAGCAUAAUGUUUGGAAAGCUAUAUUCAAAGGUCGGAAUGAAAAGUAAAAAGUACUCUCCCGGAAGCCAACCUAAUACUAUGAAGAAUAUGGGAGCGCGAAUUGUCUUCAAAAAUAAUGAGGAAACUAAUAAAUUUUAAUGAAAUAUGGAAUUAUACAUAAUCUAUUUAAUACAAUAACAGAAUAGAAUAAAAUAUAUAAAAACAGAAAAUAUAAUGUACUGAUUUCAAAUCAA